AUGUCCUUGAUGGAUGAGACUGCAUCGGACCUUCCAGUUAAGGACACAGACUGCAGACCGACGGUUUUGAAAGCUAUACAAGAGAAAGAUCUGAAGACCAGGCGCAGAGCGGCUUUGAUAUCCCGUGAUGAACUGGAGGACAGCUUCCUACGACUUCAUGAAGAGAAUCUGCUACUUAAAGAAUAUGCCCGAAAGCAGGAGGACAAAAUUAAGAGAAUGGCAACUAAAUUGCUGCGUUUAACAUCAGAUCUUGGGCAGCAUGGAGAAAAGAAAGUCCGGAAAGAAGGCAGAGAUAUAGAGGCUGAGGACACUAUGGAGAACUUACAGGACCACGUGAGAGACCUGGAACGCAGAAAUGAAGCCCUGAGGCAACGACUGACUACAUAUAAGCAGCGCCUUCAGUUGCAGGAUGGAUGUAGACAUUGUCCCUAUGGUGCAAUAUCAGCACAAAUAAAUUCUGGUAUUAGAAAAACCACAACAUUGCCAGAAAAAUAUAAGAAAGGUCUACGUGUGCAAGGUCCAGGCACUGGUCCACCACGAGUAACUGCUGAUUGCUGUGGGGAAAGCCUCAGUGAUGAAGCCAGAGCAGAGAUUGAGAGACUAUUUCAAAUUAUUAGCAGGCAAAACUGCAAUAUGGAUGAGAAAGCCACAGUUAUAUUAAAGCACAUUGCUGCUGCCAAGCCUAAAGAUCUGGAGACAGAAAUCAUGCUUUCUCUGCAGCAUGUGCAGCAGGCCGAGGACCAGCGAACAAUUAUACAAGAAAACAUAAUGAAUAUUCGUCUGCAAAAGGAGCUCAGGGAGAAGAACACAAGUCUUUGUGCCCUCAGGGAACAAUUCCAACAGCUCAAAGAGUCUUAUGAGACAGAACUACAAGAGAAACAAAAAUCACUGACACUGAGUCAUAAGGCUGUGUUGAUGCAGUUGGAGGAUCUCAGCAUACAACUGAAAGAAGAGAGGAGUAAAGUUGUAGCCCUGGAGGUGGAUCAGCAGAAUAUGGCUACUCUUCAGAGAUCCCUGGUUGAGUAUCAAGAGAGAGUUAUUGAACUGGAUAGAGAGAAAGACCUUCUUAAAGAACAUUAUGAAAACCUCCUAAAAAGUUCUCUGAAUUUGGAGCGUGUGAACUCCUGGAAGAUGGCAGAAGCAGAAUUAAAGGCACAAAUUACAAAAUUAGAGGAACAAAUUCAGUGCUAUGAGUCUGGCCUGACACAUAGCAAGGAGCAAUUACAGCUUGCAAGAGACCAAAGUGAGCAGCUAAAACAAGAUGUUUCCAGGCUACAGUGUCAGCUAUUAGAAAAGAUGCAAGAAAUCCAUGAUCUUCAGGAUAAAAUAUCAGUCCUUUCAUCUUCUUCUACCAGAGAAGCAUCUUGUGAACAGGAUAUGACCCUGCAGAAACCUCAGACUCACAUCCCAGAAGACUAUUGGAUAUUGAAGAAAAUGUUCCGUGAAAAAGAGGAUUUCUGGAAUACACACCGAGAGGGGAAGAGACAGGCAGAAGCGGAUGAGAGGAGCCAGGUACAAGCUGAGACAGAGGAAACUGGAAGAUGCAGAGAUUUCAGAAUGGAGGUAGAGGAAGAGGAAAGGAGAAAGCCAGAACAGGAGACAAAGAGGAAACUGUUGGAGAUGGAUGCUGCUCAUGCUGAGACUAUAUUAGAACUUGAGAAAGUUCAGGAAAUGCUGAUUUUGCAGCAUCAGAUCAAUAAAGAUUAUCAGGAAGAGCUGAAGUCAGUGAAACUUAGAGCAGAAAGUGAAAGUCGCGAAAGAGAAGAACUUGAGCACCACUAUGAGGCCAAACUGCUUAAGCGCAGCUCCAGAAUCCAGAACUUGGAAGCUCAGCUAAAGGACAUUGCAUAUGGUACAAUUCCAUACAGACAUAAGGAUGAAGAGUCCCCCUCUCCUGAAGUUAGUCCUUCUCCACCUCCCACUCUUCAACGUGGAGAAACUCUGUUUGAGAUUCAUAUUGGAGGGAUCUGCUUUUCAGCACACGGAAUAAGGGUUGUAGAUGAUCCUCAGCCAAUCACCUUCUGUAUAUAUUCCCUGUAUGACUUUGAGACACAUGCAACCCCUGUUGUGACUGAAAUCAGACCACAGUAUAACUUUACUUCUUGCUAUGCGGUAACCCCAGAUCCAGAAUUUCUGUGCUACUUGAGAUUGGGCACUGUAACAGUGGAGCUUAAUCAAGUCAUAGGUGGGGAGCACCGUGAGUUGGCACGAGGACGACUAAGGUUGGACACAGUUCUGCAGAGCACAGACAGAGUUCAUGGCACUGUAAUGAUGACAGAUGCCACUGGGGAAAAUAUAGGAGAGCUGGACUACUGGUUGAGGCAGCAUGGACCCCUGUCACGGACUCAAUGUCUGAAAAGGCAAAAAAGUAAAGCCAAGGUUUAUUUAUCUACUCGCAGAAUCACUGGGCUAGGAAAGGCUUGGGCACCACAGGUAAACAAUGGAAAUCAUAAUGCAUUGAUCAUUCGUAUCUGGGGUUGUAGAAGCCUAAAAACAAGCACUCUGGGCCAUCAACCAAGUCCAUAUAUAGUCUAUCGCUUUUAUCAUCACCCAGACCACUCCAGUAGUAUCAUACCCUGUAGCAAUAACCCACAGUUUGGGGAUGAAGCUAUCUACCCUGUUCACUUGACAAAUGAUCUAGAACGCUAUCUGAAGAAAGAAUGUCUCUAUAUUUAUGUGUUUGAUGAUGAAGAGACCCAGCCCGGAAGUUACUUGGGGAAGGCAGAGGUACCACUACAGAGCCUGACACAAGGUUCCAGUAUUCAAGGUGAUUUUGCACUCAUAAGCCCAUGCAGUAAAUGUUCAGGGUCAGUGCAGUUAAGUUUGGAAUGGAAGUUUCCAUAUCAUGCUCCAGGAAAGAGUCUUUGGGACUCAGUCACCAGUGGCCAAGUCAUUCGGAGAAAGCUUCAAGAGGUUCCAUUUUCAGAGCAAAACUCCCAUGGCAAGCAAUUGCCUAAAGAGGAUCAAAGCAGAACAAGACCAACCAAAUCUCGUAAGGCUGAAGAAGAUCUACAUGGAGAUGUCAGCUCCAGGAAACGGGGAAGAAGAGAUGGUCAUAUAACUGAUGUGCAUCAGAAAGGCAUAAUACAGGACUUUCAUGUAUCUGAACACCACAGCGAUGAGAUGGACGUGACUGUGCAGGAUAUUGCAGUAGAACAAGAAGAAUCACAAGGACAGAUUGAUCAACUGAUAUAUGAAGAUGUGAAUGAGUCAGAUCAUGAAACAACCUCUGUGCAUUCUGAUAAAUUCCUAAAGGAAAAUGAUGAGAAUAACAUCAGUGAACACCACAGUGGCAAUGAUGAUGAUGACAUGAUUAUAGUGGCAAAACCUCUAGCUUCAUAUAAGUCGCCAUCGUCCAGGAUUCGUGUAGAAAUUGUCUCUCUGACACUUGAUCCAUGCUCAGAGGUGGUGGCUGAUGAAUCGGUGGAAAGAGUGUUUGUGGAGUUUCAGUUUGCUGGUGUUCCCGCUGAAGAAACUGAGACUCCUUUAUCACUUUGCAAACCUUGUCAAGGAGAGGAGAUAUACUACCACUUCAGCAAAGUAAUACACCUUGAUGGCAAAGAACAUGUACAUCGCAGACAUUUCCUCUAUAUGCUUUUGGAGGGAUCAGACACUGAGGGAGAAAGAAUAAGGUUAACAUUUACAGUGGCAAGCGAUCCAAUUAAUGAAGAAGAUGAUGAGUGUCGUGAUGUUGGAUAUGCUUAUUUGGACCUGCGGCAUCUUUUACGAAGAUCUGUAGACCCAGCAGAGGAAACUCUGCAGAUACAGGAUGCAUCAAACCCCGGACAAACAAUUGGAUCUCUACAUGUGAUAAUAGAGGCCAGAGAAGCAGCUCGGGCAGUUUAUAGAGAGAAGAGGAUCAUCAGAUCAUCAUCACCUUCUAUCCUUAUACACUGA